AACAACGAGAAGAAUCCACAUCCUCCCGGACUUGGAUGUGAGAGAGACAUAGGAGAUGGAGACCUUCACCCAUCUUUAAACGAAUCCGACGAUCUUGGGAGUCGAGCCAAGAUGUGACUUACGGUGCAUCGUAGACCGGAUCUGUCCAGAAUUUCCAGCACCAGUUUCUAUAGCAACAGAAGAAUCUGAGAAUUUUAAAUAGUCCCAUUCCCACGAUGCAGUCGUCCUCCCAGACUACAAAGCCGCGGCGUUUCGACGCCAGCAGGCGGACCCCUAACUCAGCUGGCUCCAAGCUUCGUGGCUCUAGUCUUCAGAAGGAGGAUAAAAACAUGAACACAAUCACCACCCCGUCCCCCAGGCGGGCUGUUAAAGCCCCCACUGCUUCCUCCAGGAGCAAGACGCCCGCACAGCCACGAGCUCCUAUAAUCCAGUCCAGACCGAGCUCUCAGAAACAGGGCCCCACUGCUUCCAGAUUGGCCAAACCCAAACUGAAGAGCACUCGGCCAUCUGCAGCGACACGGAACACGCCAGAGGUCGCUGCCCCUCCUCUGCCUCUUCCCUCCGUCCUCCCUCUGGAUCCAAACUGCAACGAGCCAAGCCUCCCUUGCCUGUGCUGCGAUGGGCGCUCCCCUCAGGACAACAACAGCAUGUUCAACCAUAACCACAACAACAACAACACCAUCUCCAUCAGGCAGCAGUUGCAGCUACCUCCUCCUCCUGUGGUUCAGUUGGCCCAAAAGCGUGAUGGGAUGAAGGCCAAAGAGCCGGUUCCCUCGCAUGCAGAGCCCUCUGCCCAAUCUGCUGCCAAUCUGGAAAACGAUGUAAAGAACGCAGAUGAAAACGCAGACGUGGACAACAAGAAAACUGUAGAUGAAGAUGAUGAGGAGGAAAUGAGCAGCAGAGAUACCGCUGUCGAAGAUGAUGAGGACGAUGAGAUAGAUAGUGACGAUGACGAUGAUGACACCCUGGUGCCAUCAUGCUGUGACUGCCCCCCCUCCCUCUUGGAAUUCUCACUCUCCUCUUCUACUUCAUCAUCCUCCACUUCCAUCAGCUCCUGCUCUGACCUGGAGUCUGACUGUGCCGAUCAGUGCGCUUCCAUGUGCUUCUCACAGGACCAGGACCAUCUGUCUGCUACUUUGAACCUCAAAGACCAACUCACUGAGUUCAAACAUCCUUCAUCUCUUCCUCUUAACAAGAAUCCUUUCUCCCUAACCUCCUGUUCCCCAGUUGCCUCUUGCUCCCCCGAUGAGGGUUACCCCUCUGCGCUUGACUCCCCUUCUCCUGACUACUUAGGGGUAAAAGACAAUUCUGAUGUCAACAAACUAGAUCUACUUGACUUCCUAGAGUCUGUAGGAGAGUUUGGGAAAAUGGAGCGCUUCAGCCAGGUGAUCCAAGUUGCUCGCUGGGAUCUGGAAGGGGCACAACACUGGGAUGUACUGAGGGAUCGCCUAGAUCACCUGGAUCGUUUGGAAAAAGUGAAUAGGGAGGUGAAGCUGGCUUACAUUGCCAGACUUCAUGAGAAGGGGUUUGAUCUUGAGGAUCUGGAGGAGCAGGACCUCUCAGAUAUUAUGGAUGAAAUGGGGAACAUUGACAUUCCCUGGAAGUUGUAUAAAACCCGUGAUGGAACAAUGGGAGAGUCUCAGGAGUUUUCAGACGCCGGAGUUGAUCUCACCGCUCCAUCAGACUGUGAAGAUCCCCUUGCUCCAGACUCCCUCACCCCUUCCCCCAUUGAGCCGCCACCCAGACCCCCCAAACCUCCUGCCCGUCAUGCCAGCGUGAGCUCUGAUCUCCACACCUACAUCAACAUCAGCAGAGAGACCACCUCCAUGGCUGUCACAACCUCCCCCACUUUAUCGACUUUCUCCCCCAACUCCUCUUCGCCCACAUUCUCAACAUUUCGAUGUGAGAAGCCCCUCCCUCCAUCCCCACCCUCCAUCCCUCCUCUUCCUCUCUCCAAACCAGUUCCCUAUCUCACCCUUUAUACCACUCCUUCCCCACCUCCGUCCAUUCCCACUCCAACCCCACCCAUCCCUCCACCUCGAAAGCGACACCUGGCCAGGAAGGAGGCCCAGCGCCUCGCUGCUCUUCAAGCUGAACAGGAAAGAACUCCCCUCUCUCUGCCGCCACCCACCACACGCCCUCCACCGUUGCCUCCUCCGCCUGUCAUCUCAGUGUCUUGCUCCUUCUCACCCCCCGCCAUACCACCACCACCUGCCCUGCCCCCUCCGCCCUCCUUCCACACAUUGGACGUGGAGAUCCGGAAGCUGCUCAUGCUUGCCGGACUGACCCAAGCCGAGCUCCUCAAACUCAGCCCUGAGCUCAGUGUCUGCGUUGGGGAGCUGGACGAUGAGGAGGAAGCAGAUAAUCACUUUACAUCCAGAUCUCAGGAGUCCAGCGAGUUCAGAUUACAAGACAGGGAGGCAGAGAAGGAAAACGACAUAAGCAAAGUGGGUGGAGAUGGAAAGGCCUCUAAGGACGGCAUUAAGGAGGGGGAAAGCAAAGACAGACAAAGGACCACCUCUUUCACUGAAAUUGCAAGAAGAAAGCAAAAAAACGCUGCUUUGGUGACAGAUCAUUACUACAGCACAGGUUUUAAUAAUCCACACGAAGCAACAGGAAAGACUUUCUCUUAUUCAAAUGAGCUACCAGAUUCUCCUCCACCUCCUCCACCUCCUCGACCUUUGCCUCCCAUCCCACCUUCUUUAGCGCCCCUCAAAGUCAGCACUUUGCCUGCUAACUCUGAGCAACCUGAGCGCUUUGAUUGGCUUAUAGCUUUCACACCCGAAUGUGAAGCCCCACCACAGCUCCCAGUACUGGAGAAGAGAAAAUCCACCACCGAAGUCCCAAAAAAGCUCAGGUCAUCAGGCUCAUCUCCAGGCUCUGGUCCAAAGGUGACAACGUUUAAAGAGCUCCGUUUCCGCAACAAGAGCACUUCCCCUCCCACAAAGGUGAUCACAGAUCCCGAGCCCGACCCCACUGUUAUCACCCCCGACCCAGAUAUACUCUACAACUUGAGGUGGAGGAGGGAGAAGGCUGGUAGUGACGGCAGCCAGUGGGAGUACACUUCACAGGCCCAAGCCCUGUUCAUGCAGCCGCCUCCAGCCCUCACCUCCAUGGCCGCCCUGAAGGAGAUGUUGCAGAGAGCUGACAAGGAGGGUGGACAGCUGGAGUUAUGCCUGUCGCAGAAGAUCGGCUGCUCAGUCAGUGACAGCAGCCUGUGGAAUGUAGACCAAAACAGGGAGAUGAGGGAAGAGAUGAAGGAAAGGAAGACAGAGAAAGGAAAAGAGGAAGUGGAGGUGAGAGGCCGGGCUGAUGGAGGGAGAACUAUUGAAUCGAGAACUUCUGUUUCCUCACCCCCGCUCUCCCUUACCCGGUCCCCUGAACCCUACUUUCUGCACUCUGCCCUCCCUUCCCUCCACCCAGACCCCCAUAACUCGCAGCUCCUCGCAGAUCGGUGGUCCUCCAACAAACAGUGGGGUCCUGCUGCUGCAGGCUCAGCUCAUAUCCACAGAGACGACUCCAGCCCUCUUGUAGGCUCUGGAUUUGAUGAUUCCCUGGCUGACUUCCGCGCAGACUCUCCUCAUUACUACAGAGACAUUUUCAGUGAAAACACACAUUCAGCUUAUAAGUACGUCAGCGAUUCCAAAAUCAACACGGGGGACGUUGAGUCGAAGUGUAAUUUUGACUCACUCUACUGCAGCGAUUCGGAGAAGCGAGGCGACACCCACGCCUCGCUUAGUGGCACCUCCGGACCGCUGGGCUGCACCACUCCAUAUAAGAACAUAGAUGUUAUGAUGAGUUACCCAGACAGCUUCAGUGCUGUGGAUUCACUCUACUCAGAGAGGCGCUGCCGUGCAGACGAUAGCAGCAUUAAGGCCAGAAUGUCCAAAGAGCUUCCUCCCCUCCCCACAUGCUACCUGUACCACCCUAAAAACUGCCCGCUCCACCGGGGCGCCCCUCCACGCCUCUCCCCCAUUGGGGCCCUCUCCCCUCCCCAGCGCCCUGGAGCUCUCCCGCACUCUCGCCUCAACUCCCCGCUCUUUCCCCGUUCUCACACCCUUCCUGCCCUCGCUGCUCCCCUCUACUACCCCAACCUCUACCCUCCCAUCCCACCCAGGGUACCCCCUGUACCCCCUAAACUCUACCAGGGUCCUCCGCAGCCACAUGUGGCGACCGUCCGCAGUGUCUCGUUUGCCGGCUCCGUACAGAAGAUAGACGUUCCCUGGAUGGGCGAGGAUGCGGAGCAUUCAGUGAGGGGUCUCGGCCUUACCUCUCUGUGUAUGCAGGAAAAGAAAGCUCUGGUCAGUGGAGCCAGCGCUGCAGUGGAGGCCAUCUUGGCUCAGUUCAGUUCCUCUCGGACCAUAGUCCAGAAGGCUUUAUCAGGAGACAGCGCCAUAAAUCCUUCUCUUGGCCGUCUGGUGCUGCAGUGCCUCUGCCCCGCCCUGCACAAUUUGCUGACCGACGGCUUGAAGCCUCACCAGAGUGAUCUGAUUGCAGGCCGGAGGCCAAACUCAGCCUGGAGUCUGGUGCAGGCCACAACGAGGACAGGUCCCAAAACUCAAGCCUUAUUCAACCUACAAAUCCGGGUUGGCGAGCUGCCGCAGCUGAGACACAGCAAGCAGAGGUUCAAUGCAUUCCUCCUUGGUCUGCUAAACACCAAGCUUCUAGAUUUCUGGCUGUGUCAUCUUCAGUCUUGCAGCGAUGUGCUGGAGGCAUAUUACCAUCCUACUUCCUUUAUGCGUCUGUCGCUGACCACCUGCUGGCCUCUUUUUGAGGAGCUGCUCCUCGUGCUGCAGCCCCUCAGCCUGCUCACCUUUAACCUCGACCUGCUCUUCCAGCACCAUCAUCUGGAGGCAGAUUCUCACAGGCCUGAGAUGCCCAGGUCUCCCCAUCAGGAGGCCGGGCCCCAGGCUUCCCCGCAGGGCCAGCUGAAAUCUCCAGCUGGCAGAUACAUGGAGAGCCUCUCAGAAGUGGACUUUGGAAGCCCAGAACAUUCACCAAAUACAAAUUCUUCCCCGAUUUUAAACAAUGGGGGAUCAGAGACAUCAACAAGUAUAGAUUCUGAACCUGUGAAGGCUCCACCUAGUUUUGGGCAAACAAGUCCACAGCUGCUGUGGGUGCAGGAAAAGGAAAUCGAAACUUUACCUCUUUCUAAUGUAGAUGAAGAUAGUUUUACCCAUCAAGCAGGACAGGUGAUCCAGCAGAGCUGGGGAGCCGUGAUGCGCUGGGGAGGUCGGCUGAGCCAGAACCUGGCCGACUUUAGCCUGCCUGCCGUGAAAAAGGAGGAGAUGAACACCAACAGUCCUGAUUUCCAGGACCAGACAGGAAAUUACUAUUCCCCUGUCAACGGCUCUCAGGUUCCCUGGAGUUUGGGCCGGCUUUUUGGAGCCUCCAAAAGCCCUACGGGUCACACACCACCAACCAGGCGUCCCUCUCAGUGGUUAGCUCCUGGUGUCACGGCUCUGACCCGAAUGGUGAGCAGCAGUUCCACCCCAACGCUACGUGGAACUUGUGACCUUCAGGAAGGAAGAGACAUAGAAUCAGAGAAAACAACAGACGCCACAGAAAUGAAAGAAAAACCCAGACAAUUCAGGUCCGUUCGAGCGCUGUGUGACCACGCCGGAACCGGUUCGGAGCUCAGCUUCUGCAAAGGCGAAGAGCUGGUGGUGCUGGGAGGAGUCGAUCAGGAUUGGAUUCGAUGUCGUCAGGGAGACAAGGAGGGGCUGGUACCUAUUGGCUACACCUCUCUCAUCAUGUGACGUCGGCGCUGUAACUUCUGCACUAAAAUCCAUAUUAUAUUAAAUAAAUAUAUAUAAAAUAUAUACAUAUUAAAGAUAUUUUAAGUGAGUCUGUAGGGUUUAUGGGAAGGUCGCACUACUCUGAAAGGGAUAUUUUACGUGGGUUUGAGCUGAGAGCAUGACGCCAUCUGCUCCGCUUUGCUUUCAUCUCGAGUAUUCUCCCAUCCUCUCCUGUUGUGAACAUAUGGGCCUUUUUUUCCCAUUAAAACUCAUCCUGUUUGGAAGCUAAUGAGUUUAAGUAGCAGGAACGCAGCAGAUGGCGUGAAGUAAUGACUCAACUCAAAUUCAAACCAUUCUAAUAUUUAAGUGAAGCGUCCCUUUUAAUCCUUUUCUUCCGUUCCUGCACUCCACGUCAGCUGAUGGCGGGGGAGACCCUGUCCAUUGAACGUGUUAUAAGUGACAUCUUUGGAGCAGUCAGCUUCAGCGCUGCAGCCGGCAGGUCGUUGAGUGAAGAAAGGAUGCCAGAGUACUGCGCCGCAGCUCCUGUUUGCAUACUGCGUGUCAAUGUGGUGAAUUGUAGCUGUGUAGGUCUGUGUUCUCUUACCAACCUCUCAUCUCUGGCCCGGUUUGUGUGUGUUUCUGCGAUUCUAGUAGAAUGUAUAAUUAUAUAUAUAUAUAUAUAUAUAUAUAUAUAUGAAUUAUAAUAAAUCCAUGUGUAUAGCUAUAUUAACUGAGAGGGGUUUUACCGAGACAGAUAGAUUAUCAAGAGGGGAAAAAAAGUGAAACAGUAAAGACUGUGACAUUAUUGUGAGUUUGACCGGUAGGAAUGGGUCGAUCCAUCUUUACACAUGCAACUCGCCUCACACAUUAAGUAGAUGUUCUGAAAAGUAAAUUCUAUGUUUCAAUUGUUAAAUCCAGCAUCUUCCUUUAUGCUUGCUUUUUGUGUUGCAAAUUUGUUGCCAUACAUUAAGGUGCAAAAGAUUUUUACAAAGCACUAUAUCUUUAAAUUUUGCUUCAACAGAGCCAGACUUUAUUGUAAUCUCUUAGUUUUCUUGAUCGAUAUUUCUCUGGGGUUUCAAAGAGUCUUUUUAGGUGUUCUUUGAAUUUUGAAUGCUUUUUCACUCAAUAUUUGUCCAUCAUUUUAACUGAUGAUGCUUUUUUGUCAAAGCACUGACCUCUGACGCACAGCGCCUUGCAAAAAAAAGUGUUGUCCAUUAAACUCCCUCCCCAAGACAUUGUUUUGUAGACAUAAACGUGACCCUUGGUAUGGUUCUACGGUUGAGAUUUUUGCUAAUUCUUUUGGGCAAAAUCACUCAAGCUCAAACUGAUUGGAUGAAUUUAGACUGUAAUUAUCCAUUUUCAAGUCUUGCUACAGAUUUUCAAUUGAAUCUAGGUCUGGUCUUUGACUGGGCCAUCAUAACAUAAAUGUGUUUUGCGCCAGACAGGUUUACCAGGAGGAAAACUAGUUCUUCUUUGCAAACCUAUUUUGCAAACCUAUUUUUCUGUCAACACAGAAAAGCAUGGUGCUGCCAUCACCGAGCUUCAGUGUUGGAGUGGUGCAUUCAGAAUGAUAUGCAGUACCACAAACUGUGUUUUGCAUGUAGGUUAAAAAGUAAAAUUUGGUCUCUUCCACAUAUCUGCUGUAUACAGACACGUUUCUCAGUUAGAUUCUGUAGUCAGCUUGAAGGUCUGGGACAGGAAAACUUGCAAGAAAAAAAAGCAGCCAAAGUCCAAAGAAAAUUUCUGAAAAUCUGAAGAACUACUAAUAAGGGCAACUUUUAAAACAUUGCAAGAAAGUCUGGCUCCUUGGAAGGCAAGCAUAAAGGAAACCAGGGAUCAUUCAAGGCUUUUGCAGUACUGUAAUUUUCUGAAAAUGAUUACGUAUAGUUCAUAAAGUUUAACCCUGAAUGCAUUUUAGUAUAAGCAUGAAUGCUUUGAAUGAAUGACACAUUUAUAUAACCCUCCUAGUGGUGAAAUAUGAGACAAAGCAAUCUGCAGCUCAUCUUGUGGUUUGCGAAAUAACCUCACAAAAACAUUUUCAGCUCUUGUGUAACACUAUCUGAAAUAAAAAUAUGAAUGCAGCGAGUGGGGGGGGGAUCCUUGAAGUGAUGUAAAAUGCUGCAGUGAGGCUUAUAGGUUUGGUGGCUGGUCCUCAGCUUUUGUAUUUAUCUUCCUGCCAGGUCUCCUGAUCAUAAUCAUUGAUAUUAAUGAUAGUGGUGAUGGUGGAAGUGGUUCGUUUGUACUGACGCCACUCAUGAAACCCGUUGCUUUGCAUCAUAUUUAUAUAUUUACCCGUUUAUCUCUGGAUUCUAGAUGUAUCGACGACUAUGCAUAUGCUUCCACGUUGAGCUGUUGUGUUUCGAAGUCAUCGUUUUAGUUUUCGUGUACAACUGAGGCACUGCAAGAUAUCUUAAACUCUACAGAUACAAGAUGAAAAGAGACUCGAAGAUGUCUGAAUUUGGUUCUGUAGGAAGGUUUCUUUACCACUGACAAAUCAGGGAGAGCUCAAUUCUUCAAAAUAUCCUUGUAGUUUCUAUGUAGGCCAGUGCCAUGUAGCAUGACAUUACUGGCGCUACAGCAAAAGUCCAGUAGCAGUAAAUGAAGCCACUACAUGCUCAUACUGUAAAUAAUUAUCAUAAUAAAACACCAUCAAAUGGAUAGUUAUAAAAAGAUUGAAUAAAGUUUAUUUAGAUUUUUUUAUGUGAAAGCUGAUAAUUUAUUGGAUGUACUAUUUAUUGAUUCCAAGGUGUAUAAAAAGGAACAGCUCUCUAUCUGUCUGGGUUCUGAAAGCGUGAGGGUGAGAACAUGAUGAUGGUGGUGCGUGUGUGUGUGUAUAUGGAAGUGAAAGUAGAGAUGAUGUGAGCACUUUCAUGUGUCAGCACAUCCUGCUGUUUCGCUGUGUGUGUGUAACAGAAAGCCUCCUUCUCUUUUUCUCUUUCUGGUGUAAUGUAGCUCGUAGACAUUUCCGAGUCCCACUGUUGCAUAUAGUUGCGUGCCCUUCUGGUGUCCGUCAAUUGUCCACCUCCUGCAUGUGCUUGUUUGUAAAUACAUCUAAUAAAAAUCAUCUGUUCAAACCAAA